AACUUCUAAACAAAAUCCAAUUGAGCCACAUGAAGUACAAAAAGCAGCAUAUGAUUGGCUCCGUCAUCCAGCCAAUCAACAAAUUACACACUAACCCAUUCCGUUAUUCCAGGGCUUCUCCCGCAGAAGCCCUAAUCGCACGAUCCAAAAGAAAACUCUUGAAACCGAACAAUAACAAGCUCUAGUCAGUCGCUCGUCGUCGUCGUCGUCGUCCAUCCAUCUUAACGUUACUUUCGAAACUCACUUCGAGUACAUUUUCUUACUAUCAAGAUGGAUUCUGCCAAGGUUCCUGUUAAGCUUGUCAAGGUCACCCGCGUUUUGGGCCGAACUGGUUCUCGCGGUGGUGUUACCCAAGUCCGCGUUGAGUUCAUGGAUGACCAGACCCGUUCCAUCAUCCGUAACGUCAAGGGACCCGUCCGCGAAGACGAUAUUCUCUGCCUCCUCGAAUCCGAGCGUGAAGCCCGCCGUCUCCGAUAGACGCUUUACUCUCUAAACCAACAAAAGAAAAAAAAUUCGAGGAUAUUUCAUUUCCCGGCAGAAAAAACAUCUUGACGAAUGGAUGGAAAAUAGUCUAAGGAGUAACAGAAAGGAAAGGAAAGGACCAUGACUGUGUCUGUGAGAAGGAUUUAUACCUAUUGUCUAUGGAAAGACCGGCAGGAGAAUCGCGGAUAUUUCGCUGUUCAUGUUACGAGACGAUUUCUUUUUGAGCCAGAAUAAAUCUUUUUUUUUCUUUUUCAGUCGGUUUUCCAACUAUUUUUUUGAUUGCAUUUCGAACAAGAUGACGGAAUGGUGAGGGGAGUGUAUCUGAGAAGAUCAGGUCAUAGGUCUUUCAUUACCACCUGUCAUAGAAUGAGCAAAAUUAGUCAACGGUGAUACCGUUGAUGAGAAUGAAGAAUGGAUGGAGUUUUCACUUAUUGCGCAUCCUGAAGCCUGCUCGCUUCCAGAUAUCGGUACCCUUGAUA